CUACUGAUGUCUUAUCUUCUCCUAUACUUGGUUAUGUUUCACUUUGUGCUCCAUAUUCUAUUUAAACAUUGUUUGUAGAAAUAACUUUAUGUUAUCUUUAUAGGAAUGAAUUUUUGUUUGCUUAUGCCAGGCAGUUGGGAGUGCUAAAUCCCUGGAUGACUCCGGGAUUGUCUCACUGAAUGAGAUAAGUCACUGUGGCGCUGCACUGGUGGAACUUGCUGGAAAUAUGCCCUGCAGGAUGGUGGAGGAGGGAGCUGCAUUCUCCAGCAGCCUGCCUGGAGAGCAAAUGGGAACCAGGAAGCAAAGCUCAUUCCUUCUGCAAUCUCUGUCCAGCACCUACUACUGAAGAAAGCUUAAAUAGUGCUGCUGGCAACAGAAAAAAAUAUUUAAAGGGCCCAUAUCUAUUUUCCCAGAGCAGGCAAAAGGGAUGAAUUUGAAGCUGAGGCAAUACAUCGAUAACCAGCAUAGUGCAUCCAUUCUAUUACUCAGGUUCCCUAUGCACCCUCCUGCCCAUAGUUCUACUCCCACACUACAGUGAAACAACUCUGCAUUUCUGCCUACCGAGGCGCACCUUUCCUUCUUACAAGUGAAGAAACUCUCCCCCUUCCUUCCAAAUGAAGAGAUGCACAGUGCCAAGAGUCCUUGUAGAUCUGACACAGUGAAAUGGAACCAAAACUCCAGGCACUGCGCUGGCUGCUUUAUAGCUUCUAACUUUUAACUCUUAGGACCUUGUGAGGGAAGUGCCAUAUAAAUAUAAAUAAGAUGAGGUGCUGUCUAGGAACUUCAAAAGAGAGAGGCAUAUUGACAAGGAUUUCUAAUAUGAGGCAAAGUGAUUUAAGUGCUAAAAGGCAGUGAAAAUAAUCCGUUGUGGAAUCCUAGAGAAGCUACUCAUUCUCACCACUGGGAUGUAGGAAAGCGUCUUGGUAUUAUUAGAACAGAUGUCAUACUGGAACAGGCUUUGAAGGAUGUGAAAAAUUUCCAGAAGCAACUGAGCAGGAGGUAGAACGCCAUAGGGAAAGUGAACAUGUGCUAUGGACGGACACGUGUGUUCAAAUCACUACUGUGUCACUAGCAUUAUGGCUUUGAGCAAAUUAAUGAAACUCUCCAAGCCUCAGUUUUCUCAUCUUUAAAAUGGGACAAUAAUAACCACUUCUUAUAGGGUUGAGGACCACAUAAGGUCAGCUAUGUUAGUGGUCGGCUUGUGGUGAGCACUUGGUAAAGGUAAAUCAUAGCUAUUAAUACUUUAAGGAAGAAUCAAGCACAUGGCUGUUUGCAAAAUGCACUGUUAGAGAGCAGUGCAGCUGAAGGGCAGGAUGGCAAUGGACGGCCUUAUUAGGGGCACAUUUUAAAAGUUGGAUUAUUUUUGGAUUUGUUUCCAAGCCGGCGUUGGACGUGAGUAUGUAACCUGGAAAACAUCAGAAAGGCCGAACUGAAAUCUGUUACAUCCUGCACUUUUUCUAUGAUGUGUUGUGUGUGAAGAGCAUUUUGGGAAGGGCAGAAUUACACUGGAGGCUACCGGCUCACGAUUUGUUUUAAAAAGGUCACUUAAAAAUACAAACGUAUAGGUAGAAAGCGAGCGAAGCAAGCCGCCAUGCUGAGUGUCGUCCCUGCCCUCUCCUGGCAGCGGCGCUCGCACACUGAGCGCUACUGCGCAGCUGCAGAAAAGUCUCUCAGGAUGUGAGUUGCACCCCCUCCAUUAGGCGCCUCAGUUUACGGCAGUCGCAGCGUGGGCGCAGUCGCCGCGUGGGCAGUCGCGUUCGAACCGCAGCGCCGACGCCGAGCCUGAGCCGCCUCACGAUGUCUGAGGAGCAGGAUUCCAUUAUUCUACAAAUUGAAGUUGACAGUGAUGAUGGCAAUGAUAUUAAAAUUGAGAUAAUAGAUUCUGACACAGAGUUCACUGAGGAUGCAUCUUCCACUGAUGGCAUGUUGACCACACAACCGACUUUUCAAGUCAGCUAUGAUAGCGAUCAGCAACCAUCCCAAAUGUCACAUGGAGUUGAAGGUUUAGUAGUACAAGGUGACCAAGCGAUUUCACAAAUGAACCAUCUGGGAAAUUUAGAAAGAUAUCAUCCCGAUUCAGCGGAAGUGGAGUUUGACCCGUUGCACAAUAGACAAUCAUCUUUUCCAGAGGAAGAUAAUAUGAUGAGCGAUGCAUCUGAAGUUUUCCAUGCUGAAAAUCAUCAAAACCAACUUAUGGAAGUUCAACAGUGUUGUGAGGAUUUGCGUGAACUUAUUGAAAACACGAAUAGACAGGUUAGCCACCUUUAUGGAAUCGUUGCAAAAGAUCAACAUUCUUGGGAGAAACCAUUAUCAGUCAAUUACGGAGAUGGCGGGCUGUCUUUGCCAGUGGAAAGUCGGGAAAGCUCUGUCCAGACCAACUCUGUAGGAACGUCUCUUCAGUCAAAUGCACGCCUGGAACUGCAGCAGCCGCUCCUCCAGGAGAGUCCACUUCCCAAGAUUGUCUCCACACAUUCUUUACAGCCAUUUUAUACACCAGGCGGCCCCGUACCUGGUCUUGCUGUCCUAUCCUGUCCUUUGGGCGAAGAUGUCAAAAGUAUCAACAAUGUUACCUCAUCUGCCCAGGCUCCUCUAGCAGUACCUACAGCACUUCUGCCACAAGGGGAACUCGGUCUGGCCAACAUCCCUGAGAUGAUGCACUGCUCAGUUUUACUGGGAAAUAACAGCAUGGGUCCAGACGCUGCCUCGUCAUCUCUUGGCACUCCUCCCAAUUUUGAAAUGCCGGUAACAGCAGAAACCAGCUUUGAAAACGGUGCUGAGUCAAUGUAUUACCCAAUUUUAUUGGGAAAUGACAGUGGCCAAGAUACUGACUCUUCAUCUGUCUUCAUCCUUCCUGAUUUUGCAGAAACCAACCUGGAAAACAACCCUGAGGCAAUGAAUUACUCAACUUUAUGGGGAAAUGACAAUGGCCAAUGUUCUUCCUCUUCAUCUGUCUGCCUCCCACCGAAUUUUGCACCUGAAAAACUCGUACUUAUAGAAAUGCCGAGAAAAGCAGAAACUGGCCUGGAAAACAGCUCUCAGACAAUGUAUUACCCAGCUUUAUUGGGAAGUAUCACUGAUCCAGAUACUGACAAUUCAUCUCUCUCCCUGCCACCUGAUUCUGCAGCUGAAAAAAUUGUACUUGUAGAAAUGCCGGGAAAAGCAGAAACCAGCCUGGAAAACAGCUCUCAGGCAGUGUAUUACCCAACUUUACUGGGAAACGACAGUGGCCCGGAUACUGCCUCUUCAUCUGUCUUCAUCCCAUCCAAUUUUGAAAUGUUGGUCAAAGCAGAAACCAGCCCGGAAAGGAACACUCCGGUGAUGAAUUAUCCACCUUUCUUGGAAAAUGGCAGUGGUCAAGACACUUCAUCAUAUUUCUUCAUCCCUCCCAGUUUUGAAUCCAGCACAGAAAUGAGUUCUGAGACAGUGAAUUGUCCAACUUCAAUGGAAAAUGGCAAUGAUCAAGAUACUGGUUCAGAAUCUUUCUUCCUCACUUCUGGUUUUGCACUUUUACCUGUAGAUGUAUUGGUAAAAAUAGACAACAGGAUGGAAAACAACUUUGAAACAGUGAAUCACUCAACCGUAUUGGAUAGUGACAGUAGCCAAGAUUCUUCCUCAUCUUCUUCCUGCCUCCCUUGCAACUUCGGCUAUCUUGGUGAUCCAAGGAGAAAUGUCAGAAUACUUGGUAGUCAUUUGGUGGCUGCACAAAAGAAGACCACACCUGAGCACGCAGCCUGCUACUUGGUUCGUGUUUUGUUCUCCAAGGAAGUUCUGAUUUGCAGCUCCGUAGGUAUCACUUCCCAAGGCUGCCAACCCCUAGAUCCAAACAAAAUAGCUGCAUUAAGAGAAUAUCUGGCAACAAUUUUUCCCAACCAUGACUUGCGUGAAUGUGGAGAAGACUGGAAAAACUGUGUUGCCGAUAUCCAUUCUCUGAUCCGCUAUUUAUGUUUCGAAGCCAGAAAAAUGACACAGACUGUCAAUACACCACCGUCUGCAGAUGCUGAUAAUAGAAGGGAUGGCGAGGACGGUGAAGGCGCUUCCCAGUUAGCUCAGCAAACCGCUGCCGUAGAAACAGGAGAAGAUGGAGAUCCUCAGCAGCACAACAAUGCUCUCCCUGAAGAAAUGAGAGAAGCUGCCACUGGUAAUUCUGUGGCAUCUGGUGAAACACUGGACUAUCUUGGAAAUCCAAGUAGAAAUAUACGGAUGCCAGUUUCACUUCUGAAUGUAGCAAAAGAGAGGCCUCGCCCAGAGCUGGCAGCCAGAUUCCUUAUUCGCAGCCUGUUCUCAGAGGAGGUCCUGAUAAAAAGUAACGUCUACGGCAGUGUGUGGCGGGGCAUUGGUGCCCUGAACUCCAACAGGAUUAACGCUCUCCGAGAGUUUCUCCAAGACGUCUACCCGGCUUGUGAUCUGUCAGAAACUGGAUCUGCGUGGAAGUUGUGUGUGACAGCCAUCAACAGCUGUAUCCGUAGUCUUAGAUAUGACUUGAACAAGUCCAUGUCCAAAUCGCAGCCGCUUCCAGAAACAACCCCUUCAGCAGAGCCCGAGCCAGGCAACCCUGACUUCACUGACUGAAGUACUUGAAUGUCAGCCAGCCGACUUGUUUUGUUUCAUUUUGUUUUGUUUGUUUUUACUGUUGCAUUAUCCUGUAAGUUUCUCAAAUUAUAAUUCCAAAGUUAGUCUGUUGUAGUGACAGUGUAGUUCUGCAUUCACACCUGAAGAAAUAGCCACUGUUCUAUUUCUGCCCACAUAAGGGGCGGAAUUGCAUUAGGAAGAUGUGUAAUGUUUCAUCUCACGAGCAAAGUAAUGGGCAGUAUUCCAAUAAGAGCCUCUGAUUAAGGGAGUGGUGGGAAACUCCUAAAGGUCGUUUUCAUUGCUGUUUUAAAGUAGAAUGAGAAUAGCACCUUUGACUCUUCAUGACAGGUGAAAUCUGAGCGUCAGUGAUGCCGAUAGAGCUGGUGAGGUAGAGAGCCAGAGUUGGAUAGGCACACCAUAAUGGCGACUGUGGGAACCUGCAGGUAGGAGACUCAAUAUUUCUCAAGUGAAUUGUCGCUGCGGAGCUUAGGUCUAAGCUCCAUUGAGUCAGAAGGGAGGUGUGGUUUACCUAUAACCAAAAUGCCCUGCUCGCUUUCCUAUACAUCCAUCAGUAGGGGAUUCAUAGGAUUGACACCGUAUUGUUUGACUUGAGCUUUCCAGAGAUGAGACCUGUGUUCUUUUGAUUUACUCCUAAGAAUAGCAUUCUUUUAAUUACCUCCUGAGAAUAUUUUAUCACAGAAGUUUGCUAAGAGUCAACAUGGAAAAUCCUAUCAGGAGACUUUUUGAUUGCAUUGAAGAAAUUUAAAUUUAAGAAUAGAUCACUAUGAAUAAAAAGAAUCUGACCAGAUUCAGACACUAACAUUUUUUUGGGUUUCUGAAAUGUGUGAGUGAAGGUUUAAUAUGUUUACUGUGUUUUCUGAUUGAUCCUACUAGUUUGAAUGCAUGCAAAUUUAAAUCUUACAAUGUUUAAAUGAAGGAAAAUUUGAUCAGAAAUUCAAUUAGAAAAAAUAGAUCUUAAAGGAUAUUGGUAGGGUUAUUGGAGAAUUAAAAAAAAAUUCCAUUUCGCUAAUGAAUGGGAUUUUCUUUUAAGCUUAAGCACUUCAUUUUAAAGUUCUUGAAUGUUUCAGCCGUAGAAAAUACUGUAUAACUUCAUUGUUUGAUCAUUUGUGUUUAAGAAACAUUUUGUCAGUUAUAAUGCCAUCUUUCAGCUUUCAGCUUAUUGAGCAGUCCCCAGUUACAUGUGUUUUAUAGCAUUCUUAGUUAUUGUUCAGAAGGCAAAUUUUUUCCUUGUGUGAGUUCAAUCUUUAGUUAUGGCCAUUGGCUCAUGACCCGUGGCUUUGUCUUAGAUAAUUGACGUUAAUUAACUUUAGCGUUUUGACAAAGCAAAGAAUAAAUUACAUAGAAAGUAAUAAGUAGGUCAGUCAAACAAUAUAAUUUGUGUGAAAGUUGACAAGUCUUGCUAUUUUUGUGAUUUGUGAGACAAUUUAAGAUGGUUUUAUCUGGUCAAUUUGUAGAAGAGAUGCAAAUUUUCACGAUUUAUCUUUUGAAAAUUAAGUUCCACUUUUAAAGAAUUUUAGUGAAACGGUAUGAUUAGCUUUAUAAAGAUAAGAUAGGAGAUUUAAUUUUUAAGACCCUCUUGACCAAAUAAGUAAAUUGCUCUUAGUUGUCUUUAGCUUAAAAAAUUAUAGUAUUUCUAUGCAUAUCUUUUUAUGUCUAGGCUAUGCCUACAAUGGUCUUAAAAAGUAGAUAACUCAAGCCAAAAAAAUCUUCCAUACAGGGCAAAAGAGUUUUGACCAGAGUUACUCAGAUUAAUUCAUCUGAGAUAAUCUUUGGCUUCACUAUUCGGUUUCACAAAUAAUUUUACAAACUACUGGUAAUAGAGCUAAUAUGGAAAAGUAAAAUUACAGCUCUUCCUUGUGGUUGCAUCCGGAUAAACCCAUCGAUUUUGUCUCUCUCUCUUUCCUCUCUCUUCUUUCUCUCCUCUCUCUAUCACUAGCAUAUCACUAGCCUGGGAGAUCAAAAAAUCAAAAUUUGAAGAACAGUUUGCAUUGAAUGUGUAUUGCUUUCCCACCAUCAUAAAGUCGAAAAAUCCUAAGUCAGGGACUGUCUGUAUAUCCUGGGCAGGGUUACAUUUCAAAUUGUGUAUGCAUAUUUCAAAUACGAUUUGUAUUUUGUGGUAUCUGAAAUAUUGCCUGGAUUAGAAGCAAAAUUACAAAAACAAAACUUCGUAUUUACAAUUUUUUUUCAAGAUUUAUGUGGUUAACUUUAUUGUCAUGGUUGCUUAUAAAAGUUAUUAGACUAGCUGUGUCCAAUAGAAUUUUCCAUUAUGUUGCUAGUAUUCUAUAAUUUUAUGUUGUCCAGUAUGGUACUCACUAGCCACAUGUGGCUCUUGAGCACUUGAGAUGUGGCUAAUUAGACAAUGGAACUAAAUUUUAUCUCAUUUUGGCUAAUUAAAAUUUAAAUUUAAAUAGCCACAUGUGGAUAGUGGCUACUGUAUUGGAUAGCACAGUGUAGAAUGCUCUUUAUUUUUUGAAAAAGUGUUUAAAAUGGUCCCCAUGGUUUUAAUCAUAAUAAUAUACACGUAACUUUUUAAAAAGCACAUGACUGAGCAAAAUAAAUUUCAUAAAGUUGUUUUGUAUUUUGUUUUAAACUGAAUUAGACCUUUUCUGCCUUCAAAUUUUUACAGAUUCAUUCUGUUGUUGUAUCAGUCCAAUGUUAAACAUUUUAAAUGCCUGCUCAUAAGACUUGUUUUUGAUAAAUUUAUCUUUCAUAUGUUGUUUUAUUUUCCAAGCA